CGGCACCUCGCCUGGAGCCCCCACGCCGGGGACUGACUCGCCCUAUGCUUUUGUCGCCCGCCCUCCAUCCCGCCAGCACCAUGACCCGUUCGGGACUGCUCGCCGUCCUGCUCCUGGCCGUGCCGGCCAUCUCCCUUCCUGUGGCAAACGACAUGAAUAAAGGGGACACUAAGGUGAUGAAGUGUAUUGUAGAGGUCAUCUCUGAUACUUUAUCAAAGCCAAAUCCCCUGCCGAUCAGUGAGGAAUGCCUGGAAACACUUAGAGGAGAUGAACGAAUCAUUUCUAUCCUUCGCCACCAAAACUUAUUGAAGGAACUUCAGGAAAUUGCUGCUCAAGGUGCCAGUGAGAGAACUCAGCAGCAGAAGAAAAACAGUGGCUUUGAAGAUGAACUUUCUGAAGUCCUUGAAAAUCAGAAUGACAAGAACAAGCAGAGAGAUGCAGCAGGGGAGCACAUUGAAGAGGAGCAGCCCACAGGGUCCCUGGAUACAGCACAGAAAACCCAGGGAAAUGAAGAUUCAAAAGAGGAGGGGAAAAACAGUCUGGAGGAGAGGGAGCCCAGGCCACGGGAUGACAACCCAGGAGAGAAGGAGGAUCGGGAGGAAGUAAAGAGCAACGAGAUCAGGGGUGCAGAGGAUGCCCAGAUAGAUGAAACUUUGGACAACCACAUCAGCAAAGAUUUCAGUGAGGAGGAGGAGCAGCCCAGAAGCCUCAGGGACUGGCUGGAGCCUGAGGACAAGGGAGAGCAGCCAUCCAGGCAGGGCCAGGACCAGAGCAAGGAGGCAGCAGGGGAGCAUGUGGAGCAGGAGGAAGACGGAGGAGAUGAUGCUGCAGAAGAAGACCCUACUGAAGCUGAGAGGUCACUGGAUUUGCCUGAGGAGAAUGAGGAGGCUGAGGAGAUGCAAGAAGACAAUAAUGAUGAUGCUCUGGGAUUUGGCAAAGAUGGGCGGAGCUCUGAGGAGGAGGAGGAGGAAGAGGAGGAAGAGCAGCCCCAGGCACUGAGAGGAGGAAGGCAUCGCUUGGAGGAUGAGGGGUUGCAGGGUGAAGAGGAGGACACCUUCCAGUCCAAGGAUGCCAAAAGCAAGGAGAUGGAGGAGGAGUCCUCCAGGGAGUGGGAAGAUUCCAAGAGGUGGAACAAAAUGGAUGAGCUGGCCAAGCAGCUGACAUCAAAGAAGCGCAUGGAGGAAAAUGAUAGUGGAGAAGACCCAGACAGGUCCAUGAAAAUGGCAUUCCGGUCCCAUAAGUAUGACUUCAGUAGUCCAGAGGAAGAUGUGAGAAGGUCAUGGAAGCAUCACUCAAAGGAGGACAGCAGCGAAGGAGGCUUCCCUCUGGGUCCCAUGCCUGAAGAGAAGAAGGAUGAGGAAGGCAGUGCUAAUAGGAGAACAGAGGACCAGGAGCUGGAGAGCCUCGCUGCCAUCGAGGCCGAGCUGGAGCGUGUGGCCCACAAGCUGCAUGAGCUGAGGCGAGGCUGAGGGUCCAGCUCACCCCAUACAGGCAAAAGCUGCUGCGCCGGCCUCCUCUCACCCCACCGCAUUUUCAUUUCCUGAUUUAAAAGCAAUUAAGCUGGAGCAGAAGCAUUGUGCCUAGGAAGCUGACCUUGCUAGUGUCCAGGCCUGCCUCCCUUGCUGUAGUUUUGUGCUCAUUGCUGCUUCUUCACCUCACAUUUCUCUCUGUGCACAUGGAUGCCCACCUGCCUGGCUGGGCACUGGUGGGCAUGAAAUGCGAGCUACACAUGUAUUUUCUGCCCUGGUGGUUUCUUUUGCGCCUCCCUCUUUUUUUUUUUUUUUUUUUUUUUUUUAAAAAAACACAGCUUUUUAGAAAGUUCUCUUUCCACCAGUAGUUUCACUGGGUAAAAGAAAAAAAAACAAAAAACAAACUGCAAUAACUUGUUAUCUUUUAAUUAAAAGCUGAGAACUCUGACUGUAAUAUAUUCUAUAUAAAAAUUUAUCUAAGGAAAAAUAAAA